GAUCCAGCUAUGCAAACCAUGUUUAGAGACACUUAAAGGACAAGCAACUCAGGUCCUUUCUUUCUGGUAAAUUUGGAGAAGUCACCAUCCCGGGUCUUGUUUCACAUCCAGCCCAUGCCGACUGAGCAGCCCAGACUUGACAGAGUAGGUUGGGACAGCUGGAAAUCUGCCAUUGCACAACAUGCUGCGAUUAAGACACUCACCCAUCUUUUCGAUGGGAUUUCAUCUGUUAGCCAUCCUGGCUCUCUUGUUCUCCCACACGGACCAUGUAAGAGCUGAGACAGAAAUGGAAGGAGAAGGCAAUGAGACUGGAGAGUGUACUGGCUCAUAUUACUGUAAGAAAGGGGUGAUUUUACCCAUUUGGGAGCCCCAAGACCCUUCCUUUGGGGACAAAAUUGCUAGAGCCACUGUGUAUUUUGUGGCCAUGGUCUACAUGUUCCUUGGAGUCUCUAUCAUUGCGGACCGGUUCAUGUCCUCUAUAGAAGUCAUCACGUCUCAAGAGAAAGAAAUAACCAUUAAGAAACCUAAUGGAGAGACCACCAAGACAACUGUGAGGAUCUGGAAUGAGACGGUCUCCAACCUGACCCUGAUGGCGCUGGGCUCUUCUGCUCCAGAAAUCCUCCUCUCCGUGAUUGAAGUGUGUGGGCAUAACUUCACCGCAGGAGACCUUGGCCCGAGCACCAUCGUGGGAAGUGCCGCGUUCAAUAUGUUCAUCAUCAUCGCGCUGUGUGUGUACGUGGUCCCGGACGGCGAGACAAGGAAGAUCAAGCAUUUGCGUGUGUUUUUUGUGACAGCAGCCUGGAGCAUCUUUGCCUAUACCUGGCUUUACAUUAUUUUGUCUGUCAUCUCGCCUGGGGUCGUGGAAGUCUGGGAAGGUUUGCUUACUUUCUUCUUCUUCCCCAUCUGUGUUGUGUUUGCUUGGGUAGCAGAUAGGAGGCUUCUGUUUUACAAGUAUGUCUACAAGAGGUACCGGGCUGGAAAGCAGAGGGGAAUGAUUAUUGAACAUGAAGGAGACAGGCCAUCUUCCAAGACUGAAAUAGAAAUGGAUGGGAAAGUGGUCAAUUCCCACGUUGACAAUUUCUUAGAUGGUGCUCUGGUUCUGGAGGUCGAUGAGAGGGAUCAAGACGAUGAAGAAGCUAGGCGGGAAAUGGCCAGGAUUCUGAAGGAACUCAAGCAGAAGCAUCCAGAGAAAGAAAUAGAGCAGUUAAUAGAAUUAGCCAACUACCAGGUCCUAAGUCAGCAGCAAAAAAGUCGAGCCUUCUACCGCAUUCAAGCUACUCGCCUGAUGACGGGAGCCGGCAACAUUUUAAAGAGGCAUGCAGCUGAUCAAGCGAGGAAGGCCGUCAGCAUGCACGAGGUCAACACUGAAGCGGCUGAAAAUGACCCUGUUAGUAAGAUCUUCUUUGAACAAGGGACGUAUCAGUGUCUGGAGAACUGUGGUACCGUGGCCCUGACCAUUGUCCGCAGAGGUGGUGAUCUGACCAACACUGUGUUUGUUGACUUCAGAACAGAGGAUGGCACAGCCAAUGCUGGGUCUGAUUACGAAUUUACAGAAGGAACAGUGGUCUUCAAGCCUGGCGAGACCCAGAAGGAAAUCAGAGUUGGCAUAAUCGAUGAUGAUAUCUUUGAGGAGGAUGAAAAUUUCCUUGUGCAUCUCAGCAAUGUCAAAAUAUCUUCUGAAGCUUCAGAAGAUGGCAUCCUGGAAGCCAAUCAUGUUUCUACACUUGCUUGCCUUGGGUCUCCCUCCACUGCCACAGUGACUAUUUUCGACGAUGACCACGCAGGCAUCUUUACUUUUGAGGAACCCGUGACUCAUGUGAGUGAGAGCAUUGGUAUCAUGGAGGUGAAAGUAUUGAGAACAUCUGGAGCUCGAGGAAAUGUUAUCGUUCCCUAUAAAACCAUAGAAGGGACUGCCAGAGGGGGAGGGGAAGACUUUGAGGACACUUGUGGAGAGCUCGAAUUCCAGAAUGAUGAAAUUGUCAAAACAAUAUCAGUCAAGGUAAUUGAUGAUGAGGAGUAUGAGAAAAACAAGACCUUCUUCCUUGAAAUUGGAGAGCCCUGCCUGGUGGAGAUGAGUGAGAAGAAAGCCCUGUUAUUGAAUGAGCUUGGUGGCUUCACAAUAACAGGAAAAUACCUGUAUGGCCAACCUGUCUUCAGGAAGGUUCAUGCUAGAGAACACCCGAUUCCCUCUACUGUAAUCACCAUUGCAGAGGAAUGUGAUGACAAGCAGCCGCUGACCACCAAGGAGGAAGAGGAGAGGCGCAUUGCAGAAAUGGGGCGCCCCAUUCUGGGAGAACACACCAAGCUGGAAGUGAUCAUUGAAGAAUCCUAUGAAUUCAAGAGUACUGUGGACAAACUUAUUAAGAAGACUAACCUAGCGCUCGUGGUUGGAACAAACAGCUGGAGAGAGCAGUUCAUUGAAGCCAUCACUGUCAGCGCUGGGGAAGAUGAUGACGACGACGAAUGUGGGGAGGAGAAGCUGCCCUCAUGUUUUGAUUAUGUAAUGCACUUUCUGACGGUGUUCUGGAAGGUCCUCUUCGCCUUCGUCCCCCCUACAGAAUACUGGAAUGGCUGGGCGUGUUUCAUUGUCUCCAUCCUCAUGAUCGGCAUACUGACAGCUUUCAUUGGAGACCUUGCUUCCCACUUUGGCUGCACCAUUGGCCUGAAAGAUUCCGUGACUGCGGUGGUGUUUGUCGCGCUUGGAACUUCAGUACCAGACACGUUCGCCAGCAAAGUGGCAGCCACCCAGGACCAGUACGCAGAUGCAUCCAUAGGGAAUGUCACCGGCAGCAACGCGGUGAAUGUCUUCCUGGGAAUCGGCGUGGCCUGGUCCAUCGCGGCCAUCUACCACGCAGCCAACGGGGAACAGUUCAAAGUGUCCCCUGGCACGCUAGCUUUCUCUGUCACUCUCUUCACCAUUUUUGCUUUCAUCAAUGUGGGGGUGCUGCUGUAUCGGCGGAGGCCAGAAAUUGGAGGUGAGCUGGGUGGGCCCCGGACUGCCAAGCUCCUCACAUCCUCCCUCUUUGUGCUCCUGUGGCUCUUGUACAUUUUCUUCUCCUCCCUGGAGGCCUACUGCCACAUAAAAGGCUUCUAAAGGAACAAUCAGAUGUAGUAAAUUUAUAUAUAUAUAUAUAUACAUAUAUAUAUAUACACACAUAAAAUUAUGUAUAAUGAACAGAUGAAACUGAUAUUAGUCAUGUUCACUUACCUACUGAUGGAAUCCAGCUUCAAGAGCAUACUCUGUACAAGGGCGCAAGUGAGAAACCAUCACCUCCCAUUCCCAGGGGCGUCGUCACAUUGAACGAGACGUGGAGGCAGGGCCAUCUUCGCGGCUCAGACCAGAAGGACUGUGUGCUUUCCAGGUUCAUAGAUUAUUAAAUCUUUGUUUUCUCUUUUUGUUUGUUUUCAGGGAGGGGUUGGGAGGUGGUUCAUGUUUGGCUUUUAUAUUGUUUUGUUUUGUUUGGUUGAGAGGGUCAGGGUUUUUGCUUCUCUCGGAGGUGAUGACCAAUCUAAAUGCAAAUGGGUUUUUGGUAAAAAUUUGGUAAAGAUUAAGAUUACUCUCUCUUCAUCCACUUUAAAGAUUAUUUUGGAUUAAGCAAGCAUAUAGGCAUGGAAGCAGCAGCAUGUCUUCACUUUAUUACUAAAUUUCAUGCUUAUCUCUGGAAUGUGAGCAGAGGUGAAACUGCCUCCACGAAGCGUGGGAGCUCAAGUGGAGCCCGGAUGUGAUGGCUCCAGAUGCAGUCUGAUGUUUAAAGAUAUGAUGCCUGGCACUCUUGUUCAACAGGGACAAGAACAAUGUGCCUAGAUUCCCAGGAACAUGAAAAAUCCUUUAUUUCCUAUCUCUUUAGCUCUGGACUGUGAUUAGUGAGGCCCCUAUUCUGGUGGCCCAUCCCAACCAUCUUCCUUCCGCCCACCACCCCUCAUGCAAACAGGAAGAAUAACCCCUACAUUCAAGCAGCACAUCAUCCUUUGUCAUUCACAUCCGUACAUGUCCCAGUCCCGUGUUGCUGUUGCCAGGGAUCGUUCAUGGGUUUUAUUUUCAGAAGUACCCCUGGCUCGCACAGUCCUGUUGCAGUCAUGGCUGAACACCUGCUCCUUCAUGUGCUUGUUCGGGAAUGUUGUGUGACACCUGUUACACAGUGCAUGGAUGAAAACAAAUACAGCGUAUCUGUAUAUAGAGUAGAGUAUAGCAUAUACUGUUCUCCCAUUCAGCAAUGUUGACUGGACAUUGAAGACCUAUGUGAGUUUUAUUUUCACCUGAGAUGUAAUUUCUGUGUUGUUACUGAGUUUGGUUUUACGAGGGAUCAGAGGAGACAAUGGCUUAUUGUUCAUGGAUCUGCACAUUCAUUUCUAAGAAGCAAUAACUGGUAUGUGGGAAGUAAAAGCUAUUGAGAGGACAGCAGGCAAACUACAAAGUGUCAUGAAAAGUUAGUCAUGUGAAACACACCAUUGGCCUCUAAAAAUUGCCUGUUGAUUCGGGAAGGCCAAGGAGAAAGGUAGGGCCUGGGCUUCAGCAGCCUCCAUUUCCACAACACCCCUGCCCCCAGAGUAUUUAUUUCACGUCUGCUCUGUCUGGCACAGAUGGUAGAUAGUGCUGGUUUGUUUUAUUUUAUUUUUUUUGUAAAAGGCUAUUUUGAGCCCAGUUUCUUCCACCAUCCAGACCCUUCUGAUUGUAUCUGCAGUUCCUGAGUAGGAAAGAAGCCAGGGUGACCAAUGGGCCUUUAUAAAAGUGCAUCUUCUGUACUUAUGACUAAGGUGUAAGCAAUUAAUGAGACAAUUAGUGCCUCCUUGGAGGAUUGCUCUGGAAGGUUUUUAACCCUGGAGAAGAAAUGGCUCUAUUUCAAAACACCAAAGAGUGUGGAUAAACCCAACAUUCCAAAGUAGUGAGUCCACUGAGGAAAAAUGGAAUGACUUUGGUCUUCUCUCAGACACUUCUCUAUAAAGAAUCUGGGGACACCACUGACCCUCUGUGCUAAUUCGAGAUUUUUCAGAAAUAAAAGCUGUAGAGAGUUACUUUUUCUUCUUCUAAUCAGUAAUCAUGAUCAUUUGUCAUUUAAUAACUGAAUAAUUAAAUAAUGGUUUUCCACUCAAUAUGCCAGGUACUCUACUACUCUUGGGGACUCAACUAUGAAUGAGACAGCCUGGAUCCCUAGCACACAGGAGUUCUCAGCUAAUGUUAUUACUAUUUGAUUACUAUUUGCAUGGUUAAAGUUAACACAGCCACAAGGAAAUGUUUUUGUCUCGCAAGCAAAGACGUAGUUAUCAAACUCAACACACUGAAACUGUAGAAAUACAAUCAUUCAAAUAGCUAGGAUUGUCUUUAGCUACAAGUAUAGAAAGCAUAGGCUAGGAAAGCAUCCAGUGCAUCCUUGGGCAAUCUGGCAGCUAGGUCCAUCUCCCCGUUUUUAGCCAAGGGAGGCAAUCAUGUGGGUGAUCCAUUAGAUCACUGUGAAGGCCCAAUUAAUUCCAGUUUUCAUCUCUGUUGGACAACAGGACUUUUCUGUGGCCCACACCACUACAAUUCCUCAUAUGUCCUGGAGACUCACGCACCCUAACAGGUCAUCGCCCAGCAGUGGUGGCCUAACUCCUUGGGGGCACAUUCUUACCCACCUUUUUUUUGGAAGAUAUACUAAAUGGAAAACUAGCCUACAAACACCAUGUAAAUAACAGUCAAAGGAUGUGAACUGUUUAAACAUUAGAAAGAUUUUGCACUCAAUUUUAGCCAUAUUUGGAAUGUCAGUAAACCCAUAGCAAAUUUUCACAGAGGACUUUAAUUCUUGCCAUUGAAUUUUAAUUUCAAAGCUUUUGUUUUGUUUGCAUUUUUAAUGUUCAUGUUAUAGGGAAAAUAUGAUUCUGGUUGUUCAGGGUUAUGAAUAGAGUUGUGUAAUAUUUCAUUUUAUUUCAUUUUGUGUGUAUUAUGCACAGCUUUAGGGGGGAAGGUGCACUAAUUGUGCUGUUCCUUUUAAAUGGUACACAUUAUUGGCACAAAUAAAGUUUCUAAUUGUUUCUGAUUUUAUCACUAGUGAUAUGGCAUAUUCUGUAUGGAAUGUUUUCUCUCAUUGUCAUCUAUUUCAUUUUUUUGUUUUCAUAUUUUGAAGAAAUAAAGACCAAAAUGAUA